UCGGGAUAAGAGUGUCUGCUAGAUGACUCUUUUAAUAAUACCUAUUUUAGCUUUUUGAACUCUAUUUCAUUGUGUACGUGUGUAUUUUUAAGUGUAUGUGUAAGAUCAAACGCACUGUGAAGCAAACAGAUCUGAAGAUAAACUAAUACUUCCACUUCCUUUUUUGGUGUUUUGAGCAACACAGUGUCCACAUCAACCAAGCAUCAUUGCAUUAUCUGAAUGUAAUCACUGCUUAUUACUUUCUUACUUAUUAUAGUCUUUCUAAUGACCAUUUCUGAUAAUGCCUCUGAUGCACGAACAUGCUUUUGAGCAAUGUGUGUAGAUUCAUUAGUGGUAGUAAAAUAGUUGAAAUUUAAUUUAAUCAUCCCAGAAAAAAAGGGAAGGCAUGUGUUGGAACAUUUGACUUGUGAGUUGAGAAAUCUCCAAAGGGAGUUUUUGGUGUUGACCACAAGAGAGAUGAAGACGAAAGAGGAGUUGUUCAGAUUGUAACCUUAUAGAACCCGGUAGUUAAACUAACAAAUCAGAAUAUUACUAGUUGGUUAAUUGAGCGUGAAUCAUGGAGAUGGGUGAAUAUGUAAAUGUACCUGAGGCGAAAAAAAAAAACUUGGACACUCGACCAUUACCAGGAAGUUGGGUCAUCACAGUAGUCGCUGUGAGCUUUGGGCUGCUGUGUGUCCUGCAAGUGUCCCUCAACAUCUCUCUACGCCUCAUCUAUUGGAGAAAUUGGACGGACAAGUCACAAAUUAACCAGACUGAGGAGAUACACCAAUUACAAAUCAGUUAUGAUAAACUGUCCAAUGAAAAAGGCCAGUUACAAAUCAGUUAUGACAAGCUGUCCGAUGGAAAAGGCCAGUUACAAAACAGUUAUGACAGGCUGGCCAAUGAAAAAGGCCGGUUACAAAACAGUUAUGAUAGGCUGGCCAAUGAAAAAGGCCAGUUACAAAACAGUUAUGACAGGCUGGUCAAUGAAAAAGGCCAGUUACAAAACAGUUAUGACAGGCUGGUCAAUGAAAAAGGCCAGUUACAAAACAGUUAUGACAGGCUGGUCAAUGAAAAACGUCAGUUACAAAUUGGUUAUGACAGGCUGGUCAAUGAAAUACGUCAGUUACAAAUUGGUAAUGACAAGCUGUCCGAUCAAAAAAGACAAUUAAAUUCCAGGAUAGGGGCAUAUAGGCUAUGUGACAACGGAUGGACAAGGCUGGACUCCAGCUGUUAUUACAUCUCAACUGAGCAGAAGACCUGGGAGGAGAGCCGUCAGGACUGCACACGAAGAGGAGCACGCUUGGUGAUCAUAAACAGUGUACGGGAACAGAUAAGUCUGACGGAACUGAAACUACGAGUCUGGAUUGGUCUAUCUGAGAUCUCAAAUGGAAUAUGGCAAUGGGUGGAUGGUUCCACAGUGAGCAUAGGGUACUGGACCGUGGGAGAGCCUAACAACUUUGAGGGAAAUCCAGAAGGUUGUGUUGAAAUUCGACCACUGAGGGAUGAUAAUAAUAUAAUGAAUUGGAAUGAUGAACCAUGUCACUUCCAAAGAAACUGGGUUUGUGAGAUUUAGAACUUGUGCACAUUUAAAAAUAAAAAAAAUCAGUGUGUUGUAGCUGGAUUAAAAGUAAUGUAUUGGCCUGUAGCCCGUACAGGCAAAUGUCUGCUAAAAGACUAAUUUCCUUCAAAGAAAGACAACCGAAGAAAACAUUUUUAUUUUUUUAUUUGUAUCCCUUCAAACGUAUGUCAGCUAUGACGGCAGGAACCAUGUUUGGGUAUCUGGUAAGAUGGUAGCUUCCUGUUUCAAGUAGACUGUAGAGUAUGUUUCUGUGGUAGAGUAAUUAUAGGACAGACUGAGUUUAGUUGUAUCUGACAUGGCUGCUUUAAACCUUAUAUUCACUGUUUAACUAUUAAACCAGGGUACAAUAUUAGUUACUAUAUUGCUUUCUAUGUCCUCUAUCAUGGAAAUAAAUGACUGCUAAUGUACUGUACCUGGAAUGUGCUGCUCUCCUCUAUCCCCCUUCCUAACCAGGAACUAACAAGAUCUUUGAUGUACAACAUUUUUUGCAUAGCACAGUGCAGCAAUAACAAUGUAAUAUUGCUGUUGAGAUGUUAUUGUUGAACUGUGUAUGAGCUACUAUUAUUGUUCACCAUACCUGGCAUCUAAGAUGUGGUUACUUUGUACUGUGCCUGGUAAUUACUGACCUUUCCUGGACUUGGUCCACCCAAACACUGUUAGAACCUACAGUAUGGGAAGGGGGGAACUGAUAGCAGGAAGUAACUGUGUGUUUGACAUCUGAUAAGUAAAGCCUUAUUUAUACUUAUGUCGCCGAUACUUUUGAAAUGGUCGCCGACGAAAAAAAAAAGUGUCGCUCAGGCUGCUGCAUUUAGGCCUAUACUUCGGCAAACACAUAGCUAUGGUUACAUUGUUUACGCUUUGUAGCCUCGGUGAUCGAUCGGUGAAAAUGGCUCUAGCUAAUUUUGAGAGGCAUUAUAAAGGUGUGGAUAUGUUCUAAUUUGCUCUGCCAAUCUCUCCUUUAUUCCUUCCAUCUUAAACAGAUGUUGAGCGUUCACCGAAAAUUCAAAACAAUGCAGUCAACGACGCCUGCCGUCUAUCUAGCCAAUCACACUUGCGCGACACUAUGUGACGACAUCAGCGCCAGUAGAAAGGUAGGCAACACUUUCAAGCGAAGGUUUAAAGUGUCGACCGUGACGCCAUUUCUGUCGGCAACCUUUUCAAAAGUGUCUGCGACCUAAGUAUAAAUUGGGCUUAAACCACACAAUUAUAACAAUAGGCCUUUGGGAGUGGUAGGAUCUAGAUUUGACAAACCACAGUAGGAAGUUGCUGCCAUACAGAAAUGUAAGUUUGCAAAACAUCCCUCAAACCAACAAGGUCACUGCUAGUCAGAUGAAUCCAAUAAUAUCAGCGAGUAUCAUGGAGAUGGAUCAGUGUGUAAAUAUACCUGAGGGGAACAAGAAGAAUCCAGAUACAGGACCAUCACCAGGUGAGCCCAACACAUCUUCAACACCUCACUGAUCCAGGCUGUGGUACCAUCAUGUUUUAAGACUGCUACAAUUAUACCAGUGCCAAAAAAAACUAAAAUCUCCUCACUCAAGUGGUGGGCCUUAUUCAUGAUGACAACGACAUGGCCUACAGAGAGAAG